UUCUGUGUUUAUUCCCACUUCUGGGCCAGUGUCACAAACCACCAGGGGCUUCAGGCGUUCUGCCAGAGUCUUGUGAAGGAAGUAACACAUCUCUGUAACAGGCAGGAAAACAGCAAGCUCACAUCCUGGGCAGAGGACAGAACAUGUGAAAUGUGCCUUUGCUAGGAGAAGAAAUGCUGAAUGUACUGGCAUGGAAAAGAGAGACAGCCAGUACAGUUCUGUUCUAUUCACCACAGUACAAGGUGGCCUGGGAGACUAUUGUAUUUGUGGCAGGAAGGAACGAUGAAUCUGACUCCAUGUUCUUAGAAGGCUAAUUUAUUAUUUCAUGAUACUAUAUUAUAUUAAAGAAUACCAAACUAAACUAUACUAAAGAAUACAAAAAGGAUACUUACAGAAGGCUAAAACGAUAAUAAUGAAAACUCAUUAUUCUUUCCAGAACCUUGACACAGCUUGACCCUGAUUGGCCAUUGAGUCAAAAUAAUUCACAGAAAACCAAUGAAACAGCCACCUGUUGGUAAACAAUGUCCAAACAUAUUCCAAAGCAGCAAAACACAGGAGCAAUCAGAUAAUUAUUGUUUUCCUUUUUCUCUGAGGCUUCUCAGCUUCCCAGGAGAAGAAUCCUGGGCAAAGGGAUUUUUCCAGAAAAUAUGACUGUGACAGGAGACCUUUCCACUCUUUGCUGAAUUCCAGCUAGUGGAGCAGAAGUAACUUUCUGGAGAGCUGUGCUACAUGUUCAGUGAUGCAUUGAUGGCAUACUUUCAGGAAAUAAUAGCUUGCAUGACAGUUGACUCAAAAGCCUCCUGAAGGUAAUUGCAAGGGGAAUUGAGGUAACAAAUAACCCCUACAGUGGUGGUGACAGAGCACUGAAGUUGUGCUUUCCAAUGAGACAAAGUCUAGGAAAAAGUUGUAUUGGUAAGAACUUCUAACUGAAAACACGGGGGCAAAAGAAAGCAGGCAAGAAUUUUAGAAAAACAGUUUGAAAAUAUCUAAGCCUUGCAUUGAAUUAAUUAUCACCUUUCUGUGAGGUCGUGGCUAUAAACAGGAAGUGCUAGCUGUAGAGUUCAGCAAGUUUGUGGCAGAUGUGCAUCUGGAAGGACAGAAGUUCUCUGUACAAGCUCUUGCACUUUGAACUGGACUGGCUGGACUCACUGUUUGUCUUCCCAAGCUGGUCAUAUAUCCCACAGACAGACCAGAGUGCAGCAGAGUACUUGGAAAUCCUGGUGGAUCCAGUGCCAGUAAAUGCCCCCAAGGAAGUACUUCACAGCAUUCCUGUCACCUCCCCAGUGCCAGCUGAGCCACUGCUUACCUCCAGGAUUCUGCGUAAGAAAAGAUCAAAGCUAACUGUAGCAGGGGAAUUGACCAGACUCGGCCCUCUCCUUUGUGUUCACCACAAGACAUUCUUCUUUCUGUUUCUGAAAUGCUUUGCAUCUGCUGUUUGUGUCCCUGUGCUGGUGCAAAAACCCAGCCAGCUGCUGUGGCAUCAUGUCUUCCAGCUGGGCCACAGGUACACAAUCACAGGCCUGAGUAUGUCCAGCCUGAAGAAAUCUGGACAAACAAUAUUCAUCACCAGUGCUUCUUCCUGCCUUCUGCCCUACUGUGCAGAGCAGGUGAGGGAGCAGCCACUGGACAGUGCUUCACAAGGAGAAUCCACUCAGUCUUCUUCCCUUGAGACUGCUGAGCAGCUCAGUUGCUCCUUGCAGCUGGAGGCUGAAGAGGAGAGGCCAAGACCAACCAAAGAGUCCAAGAUCAUCUCCUAUGUGGGAUUUGUCACCAAAGUACUCAAUGUGCAAGCUGGUCUCUUUUUACUGGAUAACCAAGUCUGCUUGUGCCUUGCUUACCAGCCCCUGCUGAACUCUGCACGGGGCCUCCGACCGGGAGCCUGUGUGGAGCUCAUCGAUGUCCACCUCCUGCAGAAGCCCCUGGCGUCCUUCCCUUUCACUGUACUUGGUGCUUGCCUGAACAGCAUGGUUGUGCUGAAGAGUUUCUCAAGGCUCAGCACCCCCUACCAGCCCCUGGCCUCUUCAGGAAAUCUCUGCUUACAGCUGCUCUUCCGCUUCAAUCUGGGAAUGCCGCUGUACCUCUGGCUGGUGAGCCUCCUGGAGACCUUUGAGGAGAGGUUUUCUUGUUUCUUUGGGCGCCGUCGAUUGCUUAGCUCUAUGCACCAAAACCCUGGAGCUGCUGAAAAGUUCCUUGUCCCCCUUCUGCAAGCUAUGGUGCCAGACAGAGAAGAAGCAAGAGAUAUUUACAAUGAAAUUCUAUCAGAAAUACACCAGUGUCCCCUGCAGAAAUAUUUGACUCUGAACCCUCCCUGCCACGCCCCAUCUCUCUCUGCAGUUUGCCGUGUGGCAGAACAGAAGAGCUGGGAAGGCUUCAGGCCAUCCCAGUUGCUUUCCCCCUUGGAGGCACAGCAUAUGGGCACCCAGGAGCUGAAUCGCAGACUGGCCUGGUCCUACUGCACACUCUCAGCUGAAAGUUUCCAGCCCCAACUGAUACUCCUGGGUGUGCUGAGGGUCUCCUCCAGGAGCAGUUCCCUCCAGCUGCAGGACAGGAGCAGCGCACUUCGCUGUGUGAUCUCCCGUAAGGAUGGCAGCCCCUUUGCCCAGACUGCUCUCAUAGGAUCACUCUUGCGGGUGGAAAACUACCAGCUUGUAGUGGAGAGAUUCCUUAAGACUGAUUUUCCCUCCUGGGAACACCUGGAAAAUCUGGAGCAUGUGAGAGAGAAAAAAAAUAUUGUCUAUGUGCAGUUCUACUUGGAGGAUGUGCAGGUUCUCCAUGCUGCUGAAGGACAAAUCCAGAAAGGCCUUAGGAGUGGAAACAGCUCCUCUUUGAGGAAUAAGAAAGAUGUCAGCACAGCAUCUGAGCUGGAAACCCCAGAGGCAAAAAUGCUGAAAUUGGAGGAUCCCAAUGCAGAUACUGGCAGAGAUGAGAACUGUCAGGGGGGCCCGAGCAGCCCCAUAACAACGAGCUGUGUAUCUCAGCUGUUCUUGGUCACCCAGAAAGAGGGUCUCAUGUCACGCAAUUACCAGCUGCCUGCAGAAGGAGAUAAAGAAGAACAUGAGCUGCAGUGCUGUUUCCAGGCCACAGUGCUGUGGCUGGGCAGACCACAGCUCUGGAGCCACCCUAGAGAAACUGGGAACCUGUUGGAGCUGGAGGACACUGGCUGUGGUGGAAAAGAGGAUGUGACGCAGCAAGAACAGGCACUACUGCUGUUUCUGGGGAGGUCUCUGCGAUGGUUUCCAUUCCUGCACGUGGACGGACUGUAUCGCUUCACUGUGCCCUGCUGCUCGGACUUGGAAGUGUUUUACAAGCUCUGUUCUCCACCUGUGCCAUCCACAUUCCUGAGCAGGACAUCGUGCCCCCUGUGCCUGCUUGUCCAAGAUAACUGGCACUUAGAGCAUAAGACCUGGAUCUCCUGUCUGCCUGAGCACCAGCUGACAGCCCUGUCAGUGCUGACAGGCAUGGACCAGAGAACUGCCUCCAUCCCAGAAGUGCUUAGCAGCAGUUUCACAGGUUCCCUUGUUUCUUUCUGUGGUGAGGUCGUGGAGAGGACCUUGUGUGCCUCUCCCAAGAAUGAGAAGCCACCUGGCCAUCCAAAGCAGACAGGGACUCUGCUGUCCAGGGAUCACAGUGUGAAGCUCAGCGUCUCAGCUGCUCCAGGCUCCCCUGUUGUGAUGGACAUUUACAUUACUGCCACCUACCUGCAGCACCUCAGGGGCUUGCUACCUGGAGCCAAGAUUCUCUUCCAGAACUUGGAACGCAAGAUCUCAAGAUUCCAUAAUGUUUAUUGCACAUACAUUGCCUCCAGCUGUGUGAGCAUCCUAUCUCUGCCAGCUUCUCACCUACCUUUUCCUUCUAGUCCUGCAGGAGAAGCCUCAUCCCCUUCACUAGUGCUUCUGUCCAGCUUGAGGCCUCAGCUGCAAAAUGUGGCCCAGGCCCGGAUUUUAUGCCACUUGUCCUGCGUACUGACUGUGUGCCUGCAAUGGAUUUGCUCACUUUGCAGCUGCAUCUUCAAAGAGGGGAGGUGCACCCGACACAAUCCUCCAUGUCCAUCACAAACAGGAGUGAGGCAAGCCAGUGCACGGGUGCUGGUGGAGGAUGGAACAGGUGAAGCUGUGGUGCUGUGCAGGAAUGAACAUGUGGCAGCAGUGCUGGGCCUGAGCCUUCUCGAGUGGGAAGCUGUGCAGAACUGUGUGCAGAGCAGGGGCAGCGUGUGCAUUCAGCAUGGGGAAGCUCCUGGAACAGGGUGUCUAGAGGAACCUGAGGAUCUUGUUGCUUGUUACCUAAGGAGUCUGUGCAGAAGUCCUCUCAUAUGUCGCCCUAUCCUGUUGGAUUUCAGCCUAGACAGGAAGCCCUCCAAGAUCCUGCAGCCUGCUCCCCUGCAGCUGCGGAACUUUCGCUGUGGUGAAGUGGAGUUCGUGUCACGAGUGGGGCCUCGUCCGAGCCUGCUGUGCCUGAAGGUGGAGGAAGUGGGACAAGAUGCCUUAGGAUACCUGAACAGCCAGAGGAUGAGCAGGACAUCCAGUUCCUGCUGAGUGGGAGCCACUGCUUAAUAUCUCUCCCAGUGGGAGAGGAAUUAUGGAAAUACCAACUGCGAUCGGGAGCUUUUUUUAAUCUCCUUUCAGUGGGAGCACAAGCCUGUGAGCACCCAGGGUGAAGGGUGCAGUCAAGCAACUGCUGUGACUUGUGGAAUUCCUGAAUGGCACUCUGGGCCAUUGUCAACCAGUGACUUUGGGCUACAUUUUGGAAGAGAGAUGUUCAGUGCUUCCUAUGUGACAGGUCUUGCCUUGGGCCUAGGGCACACAGUGUGUGCCUUUUGUGUGGUAGUAUCUACUAAAUAAAGCUAUGAAAAUAUUACUUAAA